AGCGUCACGGAGCGUCACCGCUCAGCGGCAGGCCCGCGGAGGCCCCGCCUCGGAGAGCGAAGCUCUGCAGCAGCCGGGAAGCAGCGCGCUGGAGAAGGGAUUAACCCGGGGUCCUCCCCGCCCGCGGCGCUGACGGAUGGAGGCUGCGCGGAGGGCAAGCGGUCAUGAGAAAAUUGAGGCUGGGAAGUGGUAAAAACUCGGAAGGAAAGAUGGACUCCGGUGUCUGGCUUACCUGAAGUUUUCCACCUGCAAGUAUUUUCAGUUACCAAGUUAGCCAAGAAGAUCACCAUGGAAGGAGCCAACAGCCCUGAUCUGCAGCUCCAGCAGCUUCCACCCACAAGCAUGACUGUCACGGUUAAUGAAGUUUCUUUCUCUUAUAAGGAAAACUUGAUUGGCGCCCUGCUGGCUAUUUUUGGACAUCUUGUCGUCAGCAUAGCCCUCAAUCUCCAGAAAUACAGCCACAUCCGCCUGGCCGGCUCUAAGGACCCCCGGGCCUACUUCAAGACCAAGACAUGGUGGCUCGGCUUGUUCCUGAUGCUUCUGGGAGAACUGGGAGUGUUCUCAUCCUACGCCUUUGCGCCCCUCUCCCUGAUCGUGCCCCUCAGCGCCGUCUCUGUCAUCGCCAGUGCCAUAAUAGGAAUCAUAUUCAUCAAAGAAAAAUGGAAACCCAAAGAUUUUCUGAGGCGUUAUGUUUUGUCUUUUGUAGGUUGUGGCUUGGCCAUCAUAGGGACGUACCUGCUGGUUACCUUUGGACCCAACAGUCAUGAAAAGAUGACAGGAGAAAACAUCACAAAGCACUUAGUGAGCUGGCCAUUCCUUCUCUACAUGCUUGUGGAGAUCAUUGUCUUCUGCUUGCUGCUGUAUUUCUACAAGGAGAAAAACGUCAACUACAUAGUUGUGAUCCUCCUCCUGGUUGCUCUUCUUGGUUCCAUGACAGUGGUGACUGUCAAGGCUGUGGCAGGAAUGCUGGUCUUAUCAAUCCAAGGGAACCUCCAGCUCGACUACCCCAUCUUCUACGUGAUGCUGGUGUGCAUGGUCGCCACGGCCAUCUAUCAAGCCGCCUUCUUAAGCCAGGCCACCCAGCUCUAUGAUUCCUCCUUGAUCGCCAGCGUGGGCUACAUUCUGUCGACAACCAUCGCAAUCACGGCAGGAGCAACGUUUUACUUGGAUUUCAUCGGUGAGGACGCUCUCCACAUAUGUAUGUUUGCACUUGGCUGCCUCGUUGCCUUCUUGGGCGUCUUCCUGAUCACAAGGAACAGAAAGAAGGCCGUCCCAUUUGAACCCUACAUCUCCAUGGAUGCCAUGCCAGGUAUGCAGAAUAUACACGACAAGGGAAUGACCGUCCAGCCCGACCUCAAAGCUUCCUUUUCCUAUGGCGCCCUGGAGAACAACGACAACGUUUCUGAGAUCUACACCCCUGCCACACUGCCCAUCAUGCAAGAGGAACACGGCUCCAGAGCCACCUCUACGCCGCCCUACCGAGUGCUGGAACACACAAAGAGGGAAUGAGUAAGGUCCCCAAAGAAACUGAAAUCCAGCCCGGCCAGGGAGGGGUUUGCUUAUUUAUUACCUGGGCUUUCCAGUCUGUUAUAGCAUAAAACUCUAGGCUUGAACUUGCUUUUCCAAUUUUGUUUGUUGGUUUUUCACGUAGAGAAUUCUGCAGAGCUGGGAACUCAGAAGUGAUUUGUCUUAAACUAGUCUUCUACAUUUGAACUGUUGCAUUGAAAAAGGCAAAAACAAAACAAAACAAACUAAACACAGUAUUUGGGGUAUGCAAUAAGGAACGCGUAGCAGCCGCGUAUGUUUUUCUUCUAGGAUCUCACAUCUUCUUCGAUGGUUAUGCGUCUGCCUAAAUAAAUAAUGAAAGAUUCCUGAGUUCUACUUACUUCCAGUGCUUAGCACAAUGCCUGGCACAUAGUAGGUGCUUAAUAAAUGUUGAUUGAUUGAAAAUAAACAGAAACCUGGCGGAGGCUAAGACAUGCUGAAGUAUUAGAACUCUGGGGCUGAGAUCCUUAUUUCCUUUCUUGUCCUUCCCUCUGCAUGAUCACUCUCCAAAUAUCCCUCUCAAUUAUCUGUUUGUGAUCAGGUCUGUAUAAUGACAGGUUACCAUGGGUUAGCAUACUGGAUAAAAUCUUUGAACAAUCUGUAAUUUAUGUCAAUGAAAUGUAAAACACAAGACAGGUAACAGGCUAGUGCACCCAACUCUGUAUUCCAAGGGUCACAAAUAUUCCCUCUGGUAAAAAACAAAACCAAUGUCUCUAAAUUUGGGUCUAGUAUCCAUCUGGAUCUGAAACUUAUUUUGAGCCACAAAUAGCUUUAUGAAUUUUUUUUUUCCAAAUUUAGGAGCUGGGAAGUCAACAGCUGAGCAAUAGCUUUGCCAUAGCUAGAUAUCAGAGAGAAAGUCAAUUAAUAAGAUGAAUCAGAGACUGUUUUUGAAAUCUCUGGAUCUCUGAGUUUAUCUGGGUCGGCCUUCCCUCCUCUUGUGGGAUUGUUGUCUGUAAUCUUUCCAACUACCCCAUGUACUGGAUCAUUCCUUUAGACCUUUUGCAGUCCCAAGGCCCAUGUCAUCCCUGCCUCAAUUGGUCUCCCUUUCCACUUGCCCAUGUCCUUGAAAGUAUCUUCUAUACCAGCUCAUGAUAGUCUGUGAAAUAUAUACUCCCUGUCCUUUAUUUCAGGAUGCUGCCAAUUUAUGUUUCAGAAGCCAGGAUUCCCAUAUGUUCAGACAUAAUGAUAAGAGUUCAUUAAUUAACAUUUGAAGUAAAUAAUGCCUAUGAAAAAGAAAGAUUCACCUUAUUCCACCUCUUCCAAAGGGGUUAGCAUCCAGGAGUAGCUAACAAACAUGGUGGCAAAAUGGCGGGCCCAAGGAAAAAGGGAUUACACAAAAGUAUUUUGUAGUUAGUUGUAAAAGUUUGUGAAAUCAGGACAAAGACAGGUCAUCUUCAGCCUAAAAGGAAUCUUGUAUCCGGGGUUUAAUUAGGAAACAGCUCUUACAUCCAAAAUCCUAAGCAAAAGUACAGCUUAUCAAAUUGAUCAGGGAACUCCCUCCACUGUGUGACAAUAGCAGGGACUAUGUAAUUAUUAUAAACUAGGGUAGCAGUAAUAUUGCUUAUAGAGCUUCCCUACAUGUUCCAGACAACAGAGAUUUAUUUGUUCAUUCCUGGGCUUUUUAUCUCUUCUAAGCUAAGGCCACCUGAGAAGUCUUGAUGUUCAUUUGGAAGAAAAAAUUGCUCAUUACCUCCUCCUGCCUGAGAUUUUGAGACUCACAAGCUAAACUUCAACUUGACAUUUUUCCUUGAAUCUGAUAGGUAUCUAUUGAGUUAUGUGUUUCAGGAUAUCCUGUGCCCACACAGACCUACUUGAGUAAUGGAAACAUUCUCUGGAGGGGGUCAGUUCUGUGUCUGUGUAAAGUGAUUUCCCCUUGAUUCAGUCUAGAUGUCUUUUUAAUAAUUUAGAGAACAGGGGUAGCUAAAUGGUGUAGUAGAGCAUCUGCUCUGAAGUAAGGAGGACCUGAGUUCAAAUCUGGCCUCAGAUACUUAACACUUAUUAGCUGUGUGACCCUGAACAAAUCACUUAAUCCCAGGAACCUGGGUUUGGGGAGGAGAAGCAAAAAAAAAAAAAUUUAUAGAAUAGACAUCUAUGUAAACCAAGGGGACCUUGAACAUUGAUUGUAAUAAAUCCUUUGUGUCAGAACUGAAAGGGACCUUCAACUAUGCUACAAAUAUAGCACAAAUAUAAAUAUAGAAGACCUGGGUUCCAAUUUCAUGUCUGAUUUUUACCACCUGGAUGAAUUGGACAAGUUAUUUCAUCUCCCUGCACCUCAGUUUCUCAUCUGUAAAAUGAAAUGACUGGAACAGAUGACUUCCGAGGUUCUGUUCAACUCUAGAUCUAGGAUCCUAGGAAUUUGGGGAUUAGAAGACAGAAGAACCAGCUAGAUGUAACCUUAGAAAUCCAAGAUCCUAAUAUUAGUGAAAAGGGAACUGAACUCAAAAGACUUAUCCAGGAUCAUAUAAGAAAUUCUUGGGAGAGCUGGAGCCAAAAACUCCUUCAUUUUGAGUUUCAUGCUUGUAUUCUGCUCCAGCUCAUUCCACCAUAGCUGGCUUGGCAAGGUCAAAGGAAUGUUUCUUCCUCAGAAUUUCUUAGGUAAGAUCAAUAAUCAUCAUAUGAUCCAUGGUAUUCUUUCCAGCCCACCUUAGAAACAGCCUCACUUCUCCCUCUGGCCCCCUGGCACUGUCAAAUUAGAUAAUGGUGUGAAAAGACAAAUGUCAUUAGAACAUUAAUUCUGAUGGGCCAUGCUGGACACUGAUUUAAGUACCAUAGCCCCAGCAUCUUCAAGUCUACAGGCUAUGGAUAAGGUGAAAAAGUACUUAUUUUUAAGAUAUGAGAGACAUGGUACAAAAUGUUUUCCUUAGGGUAUUUCUAUAAGGACCAAAGUUGAUAGUGGAUUAAAAGUAACCCUGAUGUAAAACAGCAAGCUUUGACUCUUAAAGUGGAGAGAGAAUGGGUGGAAUGUCAGAUAAGGGAGGGUAUAAGGGGUAAGACCCUUAUAAUACAGGAGGUCAGAGCCGGGAGGGCCCUUA